GCACAGGCAGGGGUGGCACCGCUGACACGCGCACAUCAAUCGCAGGGACGCGCGGAAACAAGAACCGAACCCGAGCCACGACCCUCCGCCGGCAUGGCAUCGACAUCAACGCAGUACGAAAGGCUGAAGAUGGCAGCCGUCGACCAAGGCUUGUUUCUGAUACAGGAAGUGAUCGGACGUUUCAAGCGAGUGGAGAGCAUUCUAGCCAUCGUCGGCCUCUUCUACGUGGGGAAGACCGCCACCGCCGUCAGUUCGCGCCUCAUCGAGGGCAUCCGAGUGUUUGUGCUGUCGCAGUUUCGAUGGCACGACUUGACGCGUUAUGGUCAGUGGGCAGUGGUCACUGGAGGCACAGAUGGCAUUGGAAAGCAGUACGCACGACAGUUGGCGAAGAGGGGCCUGAACAUCAUUUUGAUCAGCAGAAACCUGGAGAAACUUCAAGCUACAGCUCAGGAACUAGAAUUUGACUUCCGCGUGCGAACCCAGAUCAUUCAGGCCGACCUCAGCGAAGGGCGGCACAUCUACCCGGAAAUAGCGAAGCAGUUGGAAGGCAAGGAAAUCGGCAUACUAAUAAACAAUGCUGGAGUGAUGUACGACUCUCCCAGCCUGUUCCUCAAUGUUCCAGAAAAGAAACUUGUAGAAAGUGUCAACAUCAACAUGAUGGCCGUCAUGAUGAUGACGUACAUCGUCAUGCCACAGAUGGUUGAAAGGAAAAAGGGUCUUAUUGUCAACAUCUCGUCUAUUUCGUCAUUCUACCCACUUCCUUUGAUGGCUGUUUACUCUGCUUCAAAGGUGUUUGUCGACUGGUUCUCCAUGGCACUCGACUACGAGUACCGGGACAAAGGCAUUAUCGUGCAGAGCCUGAUCCCUUCGUACAUCUCGACAAAGUUGGUGCGCUUCAGCAACUUUCUGAGCACGCCCAGCAUCAUCGUUCCGGACGCAGAGACAUUUGUCAAGAGCUCUCUGCAGACAGUCGGUAGCAGCAAGAGGACCACUGGCUUCUGGACACAUGGAUUACAGUACUGGACAUAUGAGCACAUGCCGCAGUGGGCAUGGAACUUGACCUCCUGGUACAUGUUCAAGACCAUCGACAACACACCAAAGCCCAAGUCUGCAUGAGCACAUCUCGGUGGCCUAGCUGGCGGCAGCCAACUGCCCACCCUCGUGUGCUAACGAGGUUUACGCUUGCGUCCUAAUGAACCCUACCGGUGACUUUUGUGUGGGACGAUGAAUGGCCGUUUUAACAUCAUGCGGACAGCAGUGGUCGACCACGCAGCUCUGUUUGUUUGGUGCUGGGGAGGAACUCUCACCUGUGGACAAGGAACUGCUUAACUAAGGAAUCAUUUCGCAAUUCUCCUUGCCAACAUUUUGGCAAGGCCUGCUCACCAACUUGCAUUUGACUGCCUAUAACAAGCCUUCAGAGAUUUGCCAGCGUUUUAUUACUGAGAUAUAGCGUUGCUCUGCGGCAGCUCAACCUGCCAAAGCCAACUUGGCAACUUGUGUCAUGGUGACAGGAGUAAGCCAUAAUGAUUCAGGGUUAACGAACGUCUUUGUUUUAUUAUUUCGUUUUUGUAGUGAACAUUAUUUUGAUGACUUAACACUUAUAGCUAGGCCUAUGUGGCAAUUCGUCUCUCAGCUUAUAGCAAGCCUUGCCCAAUGGCGCCAUCCCGAAUUUUGCUUUUGCAAUAUACUGCCAGUACUUGACAAGGCCCAAUCUGCAACUCAUGGUAAGCACAAGCCUUCAGAACGCUGCCACAAUCAAGAGUGUAUAAAGCUGAAGCGGAAAGAUUUCAUGUCUUAUUCCUUGAACGUGAGUGUGAAUAAGCGAAGUGGACAGCCGUGCACAUAAAUAAACGUCACAAUUUUGAACUUU